AUGCUGCCCAGCCCUCUCACCUCCACCCCCUUCUCGGUCAAAGACAUCCUACAGCUGGAGCAGCAGGGCGCGGCGAGCGGGGCCGCCCCGGGAUUCCUCCCGCCCGCCCGCCGGCCACCCCCGGCCUGCCUGCACCCGCAGCGCUUCGCUCCGGGGGACCUUCCCUUCCAGGGGGAAGCGGAGCAACGCGCGAAGCGCAGGGAGGCGGCGGACGCGCUCCGCAGGAGCUCCCGCGAGGAAGACAUGGGGCUAAGGAAAUCUUUGACUGCAGAUUCUUGCCAGACCGAGGAGGAGAAAACCGAUCCUUGCCAGCACCCCAAGCAAAGACAGAGAAGGAAGCCCCGGGUUUUGUUUUCCCAAGCUCAAGUUUUCGAGCUGGAGAGGCGAUUUAAGCAGCAGAAAUACCUCUCGGCUCCGGAGCGGGAGCACCUGGCCAGCCUGUUGAAGCUCACCUCCACUCAAGUCAAGAUCUGGUUCCAGAACAGGAGAUACAAGUGCAAGAGGCAAAGACAGGAUAAAUCCCUGGAGCUCUCUGCCCACCCCCUUCCUCCCAGGAGAGUGGCGGUACCUGUGCUAGUCAGAGAUGGCAAGCCGUGUCUAGGGGGCUCCCAGGGCUACACCGCCCCUUAUAAUGUCACCGUCGGCCCUUACUCCUAUAAUACCUACUACCGCGGCUACAGCAAUAGCCCCUACAAUGCAAACUACAGCUGCAGUUACUCCGGGGGACCCUCGGUGCCCGCCAGUGCCACACCAGCCGGUCACAUCAUGAACAUGAGCUUUAGUGUGUCCGGCGCUGCACAUAACCAGCAGGGUCACUUGCAAGCCACGCUGCAAGCAGGGAUCCGGGCUUGGUAAAGGUCUCCCUUCAAACGGACCACCUGGAAGAUGCCGAACCCUGAGGGAGAGCUCCAGGGCGGAAGGGGAUCAGAAGUUCUUGCUCAAUCCCAUUCCAUCUUCUGUCACUACCAUGGCUGGGUGCUGUGCCUCCCUAGGGAGACUGUGUGUUUUAGAAGAUGCUGGGUUAGAAGGGGUUCUGGCGCUUUCAUGCUCGGAUCCCUGGGGACUAAGCUACUGCUGCCUUUAUUUAUUUCACAUGGAUGUUUCGAAAUACACCCCUUCCUCUCUUUCACCCAGAGCUGGGUAGUUGCAUAGGGCACCUGAACAUUUGGGGCACUAAUGGGUCUUCAUGUCCACCCACCUGUCACUUUCUAUCCCUGUUCUGCGGCUUUGCUUCCUCGGGAGAGGAUCUCGUUAACUUAAAUGUGAAAAAGCCCCCCAGUCCUAUUAGCAGGACAUUGAACCUUUGAGAGAGCCAUUCAAGUCAGCCCCAGGUAUAUACUGAUCUGAGGUUACCCUGUGAGUCGACAGGACCUCUGUUUAAAAUUUGCUUUAAUAAUAUUUCAUUAGUGCAUUGCUGAAAAUUAUAAAAUUAAAACAUCUUCUCAUGCCUCCAGGGCUGCCACUGGGCAUAGGGGCACCGGUUUACUAGUACCACAGAGGGCCCCCUAAAUCCUAAAGACAGCCCUGCUCUCACCCCCCACCUCACAGAGAUGUGUGCUUCUCCAGAAUGCAAGAGAUCAGCUGAGCCAAACCAACCACCCAGGUGUCCUUCCUAAGACAAUUUGGAACACAGGCUGUGCAUGGUUUUGCACAUUUACUUUCUUCUAAAGAUUUUAUUUAACUCCCACUCGCUCCCCCGCCCCCAUUUUAUCUGCUGUGGUAAAGUUCAGGUGCAUAUAUCUUCAUUCCUUCCCCCCACAACUUUUUCCAUUUGUGUAUUUUUUUCAAUGAAAAAAUGAAAAGCAUCAUGGGUUUUUUUUUUCCAAAUUGCAUGGUUCAGACUUAUCACAAAUUUAAAAAAAAACCUGUCCUGCCCUUGAAUCCCACCCCAAAAAGGGCAGGUACCAUAAUAUCUGAGUCAGGAUAGCAACUGGAAAUAAAAGCUAACGUUAUCCAAGAGAGAGAGAAAGGUCAUUGUCUCAAAGAGGUGCUGCCGUGCUGACACACCCUUUGGCUUGAAGUGGAGUCCAUGACAUACAGGGUUUACAGUUUAAUUCAAAGGCUUUUGACACGCCCACUAGAAAAAUUGUUCCAGCCCUCGUGUAGUCUAAUGGCCGGAGCUUAGGUUUGUGAGCCAAGAAUUCAUGAGCUUUAAAUCUCUGAUGUUAACUCCCUUCUCAUUAACCCUUAGCAAAUCCUUCACUCUCUCUGCUUCCCUUCCCCACACUCAAAAUAAAUUGGAUAUUUGCCCUCUAUUUCUCAGGAAAGUGUGAGGCCUAAUUCAUUAGUUCCUGGGUCAGAUCUUCAGCUGAUGUCCAGCAGCUUCAUUAUACCGAUUUCAAUAGAGAGAGAACCAUUUACACAGCUAAGGAGCUAGCACUAUAUAUCUCAAGUGCUUUGCAGGUGACAAAAACUACCCAAAUAAUACAUCUGGAAAUACUGUUGCCCGGCGAAGGAAGAGAGAUUUCCAAUCAGGGCAUUCAAUAUGUUGUGAAUACUUAUAUUGAUCAUUUUGGUUGCUACUUUAGAAAUUUUUUUUCCAUGGCUAAAUAAGGACACGGGUUUACUGGAAUGUAUUGUAUUAUUAAAGAAACACGGUGAAAGAAAA